CUCGUCGCCGCUGCCGGAGAAAUGCCGCCGAGGAGGCGAGAUCGCCGGAGACUCCGCGACCCGUCGCCGCCGUCCUCCGAUGCAAGAGCACCACCCUCCGCCUUAGGCUUGCGUCUCACCCUCCUCGUUCCCCUCCUUAUCCUGGUUCUCGUCCUCGCCGCCCUUGGCUUCUCCGGCCUCCUCUCCCAUUCCCCUCCCCACUCCCAAACGCUACAGACAACCGCCCACUCCGUCUACGAGCGCGGUCUGGUCAAGCGCGACGUCUCCGCACGAGAGAUCCUCUCUGAGCACACAAGGGUUUCCGAGAACCGGUCGCAGCGGAACUUCGCGAACCCCGUCCUCGCCUAUGUGACCCCCUGGAACUCCAAAGGUUAUGACAUGGCAAAGUUGUUCAUCACAAAGCUUACUCAUGUAUCACCAGUGUGGUACGAUUUGAAGAGUGAUAGGAACAGGCUAGUUCUGGAAGGAGAACACAAUUUUGAUGCCAAAUGGGUCUCUGAACUUCAAACCAAUGGGUCUCUGGUAGUGCCGAGAAUUGUCUUGGAAGCACUUCCUGCUGUUUUACUAUUCGAAAAGAAGCAAAAGGCAAAAGCUAUUGAUAUAAUAGUGAGUGAAUGCAGGGAUAAGGGCUAUGACGGUAUUGUGCUCGAGUCCUGGUCAAGAUGGGCUAUUUAUGGCGUGCUGGAUGAUCAAGAGCUACGUUACAUGGCACUUGAAUUUGUUAAGCAGCUGGGAGAGGCUUUGCAUUCAGUCAAUUCCAAAUCAAGUAGCCACCAUUUGGAACUAAUUUAUGUUAUUCCGGCUCCAAGAAUGCAAAAGCUCAAUAAUCAGGACUUUGGACCCAAAGAUCUCAUGCAUCUGGCUGACACUGUAGAUGGUUUUUCUCUUAUGACAUACGACUUCUCAGGACCUCAGAAUCCUGGUCCCAGUGCACCUCUGAAGUGGAUACAUCAUUCUCUAGCAGCACUUCUUUCAGCAAAAGGUUCCUCUCAUAGCAAUUCACAUUCACGGAUGAUAUUCCUUGGCAUCAACUUUUAUGGGAAUGAUUUUCUACUGUCUGGAGGUAGUGGUGGCGGUGCUAUCACCGGAAGAGAUUUUGUUCAUUUACUUGAGAAGUACAAGCCAUCUUUGCAGUGGGAUGGAAAAAGUUUGGAGCACUUCUUUAUCUAUUCAGAUGAAGGCGUGAAGCAUGCUGUAUUUUAUCCAACGCUGAUGUCACUCUCUGUACGUCUGGAUGAAGCCCGAAAUUGGGGAACAGGCCUUUCAAUUUGGGAGAUCGGACAAGGUUUAGACUACUUCUUUGAUAUUUUAUAGGAAUGUCUCAAUAUGUCUUUUGGUACUGUGUGGAGUUGUGUCCACUAAUCUAGUAUGUGAAUUACGCAUUUUGGUACUGUAUGCACCGUGGGCAUUGUUCUUUUCAGCAUUGUAAUAUCAGCUGGCAACAGCUCACAUUAACCGUGAGAAACUGCUUCACUGAAUAUUUCUGCCGGCUGGGUACACACUAGUGUAGUAAGAGGCAUCUGUAUUCAUCUUUGCUUAUGGCAUAUGUGCUGUUAUACAUCUUCU